GUGGUGAUUAUCGUUAUCUUUUUUUUGUUGAUUUUUAUAACCCAAAAAAACAUUGAAAAACAACAACGAGAUGAUUUGAGUUGAGUCAAAAAUUGCCCGUAUUUACCUGAAUUUUAUCUUGGAUUUUCGAAUCGAAAAAAAAAAUCAUCGACCAUGAUGUAAAUACCUUUCAACAACAGCAACAACAACAAAAAUGUGAUAAAAAAAUCAACAAAGAGAUUUUUUGGAAGGGGGGUUAAACUAAUCAAACACAUCAAAAUCAACGAAAAGAUAAUCAUCAUUAUCAACGACAUUUUAAUUAAUCAAACAAAAAUUUUUUUUUCUUGUUCUUCAAUUUGGAAAUGCUGCAAUAACAUCAUCCAUAAUCAAAGGAAAAAAAAAAGAUUUUUCUACUUUGUUUUGCCUUUCAAUUUGUUCAUUCUAAUUAAACGCAAUAUAUAAAAAAAAUUCUACCCUUCUUCUUCAUCGCUCGCUCACCUUUAAAUUUCCAACGAAAAAAUGCCUCAUACUUCGCAAAACGUUGAAAUACAAUUAGAAAUUGGCCAUAUUGCCACACCAAGACUGAAGCCAACCGUUGAUGGUCAUACACAUGAUUGGACGGUAUUUGUUCGAGGUUUUGAUAAUUGUCAUAUCAAUACAUUUGUUGAAAAAGUUAUAUUCCAUUUACAUGAUAGUUUUCCAAAACCAAAAAGAGUGAUCAAAGAACCACCAUAUGAAAUAAAAGAAUCUGGUUAUGCAUCAUUUGAAUUACCGAUUGAUGUUUAUUUUCGUAAUAAAGAAGAACCGAAAAAAAUUUGUUUCGAUUAUGAUCUUUAUAUUGAAUUAGCUAAACCGGUUACAAAUAUUCGUCGUGAACGUUUAACAUUUCAAAAUCCAUCAAAUGAAUUUCGUAAAAAAUUAUUAAAAAGUUGUGCGAUACUUAAACCAGGGGGAAGUGAUCAAACAACAACGACGACGACUACGACGACAGCAAUAUUUGAAUCAAAUCAACAACAACAACAACAAUCACCAAAUAGCAAUUUUCAAUCCGCAUCAUCAUUAUUAUCGACAAAUUCCAAAACGACAAACGAAUUAUUUCUAUCAUCAUCAUCACCAUUGACAGCAACAUCGACAACAUUAUUGAAUAACGAUAAAAAUUCAUCAUCAUCAUCAUUAAUAUCAUCGAAUACGGCGCCAAUCAAUAAUUCACAUCAUGGUUCGACGACGACAUCGUCGAAUAAUAAAUUUAAUAAAACAAUCCUUACAAAUACUAAUUUGUUACAACCUGAUAGUCAAUUUACGGAUUUAUUCGGUACACCAUUAAUACAUCAAACAGCAGCAUCAGGUGUAUCAUCAUUAUCAUCAUCAACUGUAACAUCAAUAACAACAUCAUCAACAUCAUCAUCAUCAUCAACUCGUCGAAAAAUAUCCAAAUUGAAUAAUAAUCAUAAUGAUUCACAUAGGAAAAAUAACAGCAGUGGUGGUGGUGUUGGUGGUGCUUCAACGACUGUGAUAGUAGGAGGAGGUGGUGGUGGUGGCAUUAUCGGUGCAAAUUCAUUAUCGAAAACAAUUAAAUCAACAACAAAUCAUAAGAAUCAUGAUUAUCAUCAUCAAAGGCAAUCAUUGUUGGCAAAAGGAUCGACAAACAACAACAACAACAGCAAUUUGUUGAGUAAUAAUCCAAAUAUGGCGCAAACAGCAUCGAUAAAUUAUCGAAAUAAUCAAUCGAUAAUCAAUAAAUCAUCUUCAAAAUUAUCAUCAAUAAAUAAUCAACGACCAUCAUCAUCAUCAUCGAGUAAAUCAAAUAAAUCCAAUUCAAUUUCGAUAAAAAUUGAAAACGAUAAUGAUGAUGACAACAACAACAACAACAGCAACGAUGAUUAUGGUGGUCACAAGGAUCAGGAUGAUAAAAUUUUGAUGAAAAAAAUGUUAAUGAAAAAUAGAAUUUUGAUGAAAGAAGAAAUAAUGUUGAAAGAAAUGGAGAAGAAAAAAUUGUUGUUGAAAAAAGAACAAACAUCAUCGUUGGAAAAUGAUGAUAAUCGUAAGAAACAAAAACGUAAAAAUUCAAAAGAACGUAAUAUGGAUGAAAAGUUGAAAAAGGAUGAUAAAAAAUUUAAAAAUUCUGCCGCAUUAUCCACCACUGAAUCAUCCGCAUCAUUGACAAAAUCGUUGAUGAAAAAAAAUAAACGUAAAAAAUAUGAUGAAUUUGAUAAUGAUCAUGUGGAUAAUGAUGAUGAAAUUCACAUGUCAACAGCAGCAGUAAAACAACAUGGUAAAAUGAAAAAACAUCAUGAUAUUGAUGAUAAUUCUGCAAUAAAAUCUUCAUCAACAAAAAUGAAAAAAAGACGUCGUCAUGAUGAAUCUUUGAUGAGUAAUUCCCCAUCUGCAUCAAAAUCACCAUCAUUUUCAACGGGAUCAAUGAAAAAAGAUUCAUCAUUAUCAUCAUCUAAAUUGGCCAACAAUCAGACAAUAACAACCAAAAAUGGUUCGACAAAAUCAUCAAAAUAUUUGAUUGAAAUUCAAACAAAAAUCUAUUCAAUACAGGAUCCCUAUGUAUUACAAAGAAUUGUUGAUCUAAUUGAUGAACGUAAUCAUCGUUGUUUAAAUAUUGUUAAUAAUUGUCUACAAUUUGAUCUAAUGCGUUUAGAUAAUGGUACAUUGGCCGAAUUACGUCGUUUAAUAUGA